AGUCGCUCCCUAAAGAGAGAGAGAAAGGAAGCGCUGCAGUGUCGGGCGGCCGGUAGAGAACCUUUUCUGCGCGGCUCUAAUCCUCGGAGAGCAGGUCCCACUCUCUCCCCCACCCUCGUUCCGCCAUCAUGUCCAGGGAGAGGUUUCCAGCCGCGCCUAAAAGGAGCUCUGACAAAGCCAAAAGCGCAAAUGAACUCGACCCAACCGCCCCGUGCAAGACUCCCAUUCAGCUGCUACAUGAAUUUGGAAUAAAGACCGGCAGCCCCCCUGUGUACACCUUGGAGAAGGCCGAUGGACAAGCCCAUAACCCAAGCUUCACCUUCCGCGUCUCCAUAGGAGAGAUAUCAUGCCUAGGCGAGGGGCCUAGCAAGAAAGUAGCCAAACAUAAAGCCGCCGAGUCAGCUUUGAACAUACUGAGAGCAGAUGCCAACUUGAAUUUACCUAUGACAGAACCCAUCACGAAAGAUGUACCUAGACAACCAGUCAACCAAACUCAAGGCAAUCCAGUUGGUUCCUUACAGGAGCUUGCUGUACAGAAAGGAUGGCGACUACCUGAGUAUUUUGUGUCUCAAGAAGCAGGACCACCUCACAAGAGAGAGUUCACCUUAUCCUGCCGCGUAGAAAGUUUUGUAGAAACCGGUUCUGGCACAUCGAAAAAGGUGGCAAAGAAGAUAGCAGCAGAGAAAUUGCUCGCCAAACUAAAAAGCAUUCCAGCUGACAGUAUCAAUAUAUCUUUAAAGAAACCUGUUGGCAAUAAUCCUGGAUGUACCUGGGAAUCCCUAAAAAAUUCUUCUGGUGAGAAAAUAAACCUGCUGAAAAGAAGUCCGCUAAGUAUUCCUAACACAGACUAUGUGAAAAUGCUGACCGAGGUGGCAGAAGAGCAAGAUUUUCGCGUUUCCUACAUGGAUAUAGAGGAAUUGAGCGUUAAUGGGCAGUACCAGUGUCUGGCUGAACUCUCCACCAACCCAAUCACCAUUUGUCACGGAACCGGGCUUUCGUGUGGCAAUGCUCACAAUGAUGCUGCCCACAAUGCACUGCAGUACUUAAAAAUCAUGGCGGGAAGAAAAUGAAAACGGAUGGAACAAAAAUGAAGACUGAAGCCUUCGCUUCCUACCUCUCCUUGUCCCUUGCCAUUUACAUGACUCGUUGAAAUGGCCACUAAAAAGAAAGAAUAAUUGUCCCUGUUCUGGAUCACUCCAUCCUAAGUAUUAUUCUGCAUUAUGCUUUCAGUUUGACACCAAGAAUAUGUGGUAUGAAUUUUCAAUUUGUUUUAAUGUUAUUAAAUUGGAGAAACCAG